AUCUGUAUUCAGCGUGUUGGGCCUCAAGGCGAUGGUGAUAGUUUGGCUAACGGUGCAGUUGAAGGUUUAGAAGAGCUGGAAAAAAUUUCAGCAGAAAUGAACAAGAGAGCUGAUGAAUUUGAAAGAAUUGAAAAUCCCAUUCCUGGUAUGGCAUGUUGUGGACAGUAUGCGUAUGAUGAUGAAUGGUACCGAGCUGAAGUAUUGAAAGUAAAAUCGGUCAGUCCAUUGACAGUUGAGGUGAUCUAUGUAGACUAUGGUACAACUGAAACUAUACCUGUAGAUAGGCUUCGUGAGUUACCAGAAGAAUUCAAAAUUCUGCCAAUACAAGGUGUCCGGUGCGACUUGGUUGGUUUAAAACCACCUAGAAAGAUCCCAGAUGAUGUAACAUUAGUGACAGGUAGUGAUUGGCCAGAAGGAUCUAUGUUGGCGUUGACAAAACUAGUAGUGGACCAAAGAUUAACUGCUUGUAUUAUCAAGGAUAUAAGUAAGCCAGUGAAGAUACUCUUAUUUAAUGGUAUUCCCUCUGAUAAACAUUGCUCAAUAAUAUUUCAAACAUUGAUAGAACAAGGUCUCGCUGAGAUGGAUGGUGAUGUCAUUGAUAAGUUCACAAAAGAUUUUUGUCAUCUCGGCCUGAAGACAAUACUUUCAGAGAAGACUUUGCAGAUGGCGACUAAUGAAGCAUAAGCAUAUGUCACACGAAAAGCGAUGCAAGAGACUUGCUUUACAAACGGGUUUCCUCUUGUGUCACUUGGUGAACGCACCUGUUACAGGUGUUGACAUAAUCACAA